AGAGGCGCCGGCUUUUAACGCCCCCCACCGGUGAUCGUCAACCUCUCGCUCGUCUGGGCCAAGUUUUUUUUUUCCCACCGGAGCAUAUACGGAGUGCCUUCGCUACUUAUUAUCUGAUCCUGCCCAGAACUUUCUACCCUCUUGUCACUCCUUGGCUCGAUUUUGCCUACAUUCCUUUCUCUUUCCUUUUCCCUCUUCCCGUGUCUGUUCGGCGGCCUCCUAUCUAGCGACUGGAGCCGCACCAAGCAUUCCAAAACAAUUGUUGGGGCGCAAGAUCAUACCGUAUUUCAAAACCAAACAAGUAACUAGUUGUCAAGAAACCACUUGCACUGGUCAUGGCCGACGCUUUUCAGCGCGCCGAAGCCAAUGUGGCCGCUGGUCACCCUGCCGAGGAAAUCGAGGCACCAGCAACCUACCAGGAGUCCGUGUCCACUGCAGAGCACGAGGAUGAAAAGGCACAGCAGGCCGCAGAGCGCACUUCGCGCGAACUUGCCCGGACUCGCUCCGGUAUCUCAGUAGAGCAGGCCGAGGCCGACUUCCAGGAGCUGCAGAGAGAGUUCACCGGUGUCUCGCGUGCGAGCCGUCGCAGCGGCCGCCGAGAAAUGGUCGACCCGGAGAAGAACGUGUCGGACCCCUCCGCCUCGGACGACGGGGGCUCCGUCUUCGACCUCGAGGGUGCCCUGCGUGGUGACCUUGACUCGCAGAACGAGGCUGGUAUCAAGAACAAGCACAUUGGUGCUUACUGGGACGGCCUUACGGUCAAGGGGCUUGGAGGUCGGGCCAACUAUGUCCCCACGUUCCCAGAUGCGUUCAUCAGCUUCUUCGACUACAUCACGCCGGCCAUGAAGCUGUUCGGACUUGGUAAGAAGCCUGUCGAGGCGACGCUUCUCCACGACUUCCAGGGUGUUUGCAAGCCCGGAGAGAUGGUCCUCGUCCUUGGCAAGCCCGGAUCCGGCUGCACGACCUUCCUCAAAACAAUCGCCAACCAGCGAUACGGAUACACCAGCGUGACUGGCGAGGUUCUCUACGGCCCCUGGACUGCGGAGGAGUUUGGCCGCUACCGAGGCGAGGCUGUGUACAACGCCGAGGACGACCUGCACCACCCGACAUUGACCGUGGAGCAGACGCUGGCUUUUGCGCUCGACACCAAGAUGCCCAACAAGCGCCCCGGCAACAUGUCCAAGGCCGACUUCAAGGAGCACGUCAUCACCACGCUGCUCAAGAUGUUCAACAUUGAGCACACGCGCAAGACCAUUGUCGGCGACGCCUUUGUGCGCGGUGUGUCUGGUGGCGAGCGCAAGCGCGUCUCUAUCGCCGAGAUGAUGAUCACAAAGGGCUGCAUCCUGUCCUGGGAUAACAGUACCCGUGGCCUCGAUGCCAGUACCGCCCUCGACUUUACAAAGUCGCUCCGCGUGCAGACCAACCUGUACAAGACGACCACCUUUGUCUCGCUCUACCAGGCGUCCGAGAACAUCUUUGAACUCUUCGACAAGGUCAUGGUCAUCGACGAGGGCCGCCAAGUCUACUUUGGCCCGGCCAAGACGGCGCGUGCCUAUUUCGAGGGCCUCGGCUUCAACCCGCGUCCGCGCCAGACGACACCCGACUACGUGACCGGCUGCACCGACGAUUUCGAGCGCGAGUACGCCCCCGGACGCUCGCCCGAGAACGCGCCCCACAGCCCCGAGACGCUCCUCGAGGCGUUCCGCCAGUCGGACCAGCAAAAGGCCAACGAGGCCGAGAUGGCCGAGUACAAGGCCGCCCUCGAGCAGCAAAAGGCCGCGCACCAGGACUUUGAGGUGGCCGUCGCCGAGAGCAAGCGCAGCGCGUCCAAAAAGUCCCCCUACCAGGUCGGCUUCCACCUGCAGGUCUGGGCCCUGAUGAAGCGCCAGUUCACGCUCAAGAUUCAGGAUCGCUUCAACCUGACCGUCUCCUGGCUGCGCUCCAUCAUCAUCGCCAUCGUCCUCGGCACUCUGUACCUGAAUCUCCCCGAGACCUCCGCCAGCGCCUUCAGCAAGGGCGGUCUGCUCUUCGUCGCCCUCCUGUUCAACGCCUUCCAGGCCUUCUCCGAGCUCGCCAGCACCAUGAUGGGCCGCUCCAUUGUCAACAAGCAUAAGGCGUACGCGUUCCACCGUCCGUCCGCCCUGUGGAUCGGCCAGAUCAUUGUCGACCAGGCCUUUGCCGCCUCUGAGAUUAUGGUUUUCUCCAUCAUCGUGUACUUUAUGACCGGUCUCGUGCGCGACGCGGGUGCCUUUUUCACCUUCUACCUCAUGAUCCUCUCGGGCAACAUUGCCAUGACGCUCUUCUUCCGUAUCAUCGGUUGUCUCAGCCCGGACUUUGACUACGCCAUCAAGUUCGCCGUCAUCGUCAUCACCCUCUUUGUCACCACCUCGGGCUAUCUGAUCCAGUACGACGCGCAGCAGGUCUGGCUCCGCUGGAUCUACUGGGUCAACGUGCUGGGUCUGUCGUUCAGCGCCCUCAUGAUGAACGAGUUUGGCCGCAUCAACAUGGAGUGCACGGCCGACUCGCUGAUCCCCUCGGGCCCCGGGUACGACAACAUUGAGAACCAGGUCUGCACUCUCGCCGGCUCCUCGGCCGGCUCGACUUUCAUCGACGGAUCCGCCUACAUCUCGCAGACGUACUCGUACUACCCCAAGGACCUGUGGCGCAACUGGGGCAUCAUCAUGUCGCUCAUCGUCUUCUUCCUCAUCAUGAACGUUGUGCUCGGCGAGUUUGUCAAGUUUGGCAUGGGUGGCAACGCGGCCAAGGUCUUCUCCAAGGAGAACAAGGAGCGCAAGCAGCUGAACGCGGCCCUGGCGGAGAAGCGCAAGGCGCGCCGUGCCGACAAGUCCAACGAGAGCGGCUCCGAGCUCCUCAUCAAGUCCGAGGCCGUCCUCACCUGGGAGGAUCUCUGCUACGACGUGCCCGUCCCCGGCGGCACCCGCCGUCUUCUGAACAACGUGUUUGGAUACGUCAAGCCCGGUGAGCUGACCGCGCUGAUGGGUGCCUCUGGUGCCGGCAAGACCACUCUUCUGGAUGUGCUCGCCUCCCGCAAGAAUAUCGGUGUCAUCAGCGGUGACGUCCUGGUCGACGGCACAAAGCCUGGAAAGCAGUUCCAGCGUUCCACUUCGUACGCCGAGCAGCUUGACCUCCACGAGCCCACCCAGACGGUGCGCGAGGCCCUCCGGUUCUCCGCCGACCUGCGCCAGUCGUACGAGACCCCUAUUGCCGAACGCCACGCCUAUGUCGAGGAAAUCAUCUCGCUGCUCGAGAUGGAGGAGAUUGCCGACGCCCUAAUUGGUACCCCGGAGGCUGGUCUAACUGUCGAACAGCGCAAGCGUGUCACGAUUGGUGUCGAGCUGGCGGCCAAGCCGGAGCUUCUCCUCUUCCUCGACGAGCCCACAUCCGGCCUCGACAGCCAGAGCGCCUACAACAUUGUGCGCUUCCUAAAGAAGCUCGCUGCCGCCGGCCAGGCCAUUCUCUGCACCAUCCAUCAGCCCAACGCGUCCCUGUUUGAGAACUUUGACCGCCUCCUGCUGCUCGAGCGUGGUGGCCGCACCGUGUACUUUGGCGACAUUGGCAAGGAUGCGCACGUUCUGCGCUCGUACCUCAAGCGCCACGGUGCCGAGGCCCGCCCCACGGACAACGUCGCCGAGUUCAUGCUCGAGGCUAUUGGUGCUGGUUCCGCGCCGCGCGUCGGUGACCGUGACUGGGGUGACAUCUGGGACGAGAGUCCCGAGCUGGCCCACACCAAGACGGUCAUCCAGCAGAUGCGCCAGGAGAGGCUCGCCGUGGCCAGAGGCACCGACGCGUCUCUGGAGAAGGAGUACGCCUCGCCGGUAAGCCACCAACUCAAGGUGGUAUGCCGCCGCAUGUUCCGCUCCUUCUGGCGGUCGCCCAACUACCUGUUUACGCGCCUCUUCAACCACGCCGCCGUUGCUAUCAUCACGGGCCUCACGUACCUGCAGUUGGACGACUCGCGCGCCUCGCUGCAGAACAAGGUCUUUGUCAUGUUCCAGAUCACGGUGUUGCCAGCCCUGAUCAUGACGCAGGUCGAGGUCAUGUUCCACAUCAAGCGGGCCAUCUUUUUCCGUGAGCAGUCGUCCAAGAUGUACUCGCCCUUUACGUUUGUCACGGCCAUCACGCUCGCCGAGAUGCCCUACUCCAUCAUGUGCGCCGUCGUCUUCUUCCUGCCCCUGUACUACAUGCCGGGCUUCCAGACCGAGUCGUCGCGCGCCGGGUACCAGUUCUUCAUGGUGCUGAUCACGGAGAUCUUUGCCAUCUCCCUGGGCCAGGCCAACGCGUCGCUCACGCCGUCGCCGCGCAUCUCGGCGCAGUUCGACCCGUUCAUCAUCAUCACGUUUGCCCUCUUCUGCGGCGUCACCAUUCCGUACCCGCAGAUGCCCGGCUUCUGGAAGGCCUGGCUGUACCAGCUCGACCCCUUUACGCGCCUCAUCGGCGGCACCGUGUCGACCGCGCUGCACGGCAUCUCGGUCAAGUGCCGCCAGGGCGAGCUCAACCUGUUCACGGCGCCCAGCGACAUGAACUGCGGCGAGUACAUGGAGCCCUUUUUCCGCAACGGCGGCCCGGGCUACCUCGUCUCCAACAGCACCCAGGACUGCGAGUACUGCGCCUUCCGCGUCGGCGACGACUUUUACACGCGCCUCAACAUCUCCUUUGACCACCGCUGGAGGGAUCUCGGCAUCUACGCGGCUUUCAUGGGCAGCAACCUGCUCAUCCUGCUGCUUGCGGUAAGUUCUCCCCGGCGUUGAUUCAAAAAAAAACGGAUACUAACGAGUCGCAGAGCCGUUUUGUCAACUACAACAAGCGAUAAAUGCUGCGUCAAAGCGUGAAACGUGCCUACAUAUAGAUUUAAUGCGGGUAGAAUGGGUUUUCCGUGCAUAACGCCCUUUGCAAGCCGUGAACGGCUCAAAAACAUACUAAUCAAUAUAGAAUAAUAUACAGAUAGAUUCAUA